CUUGAACUUCGUCGAUUGCAGUCUCUAGUUGAGUCUCGCAAGGUUGAUUACAGCUGUCUGCUGAGAAAUUGUGAUCGGCCGACAAGACGAAUUUAUCAUCAUGGCAUCCCAACUUCUCCCUCUGGAACUCAUCGACAAAUGUGUGGGGUCAAGAAUAUGGGUCGUCAUGAAGGGCGACAAAGAAUUCAGCGGCACAUUGCUUGGAUUCGAUGACUACGUCAACAUGGUGCUAGAAGAUGUCACUGAGUUUGACUACUCGGGCAAUCACACGAAGCUGUCCAAGAUUUUGCUGAAUGGCAACAAUAUCUGCAUGUUGAUCCCCGGUGGCGAAGGGCCUGGGGGAGCAUCUCCAUGAUAGGAGAGCAGAGGAUCUUGGGGGUCUUGUCGUUUGACUGGGAUAUAUCCUUGGGACUGCAGAACAUGCACCCAGCGAUGAUGGGCAGGACAGGUCACUGGCGUAGGAUUAACCCACGAUACCCGGUUUCAUGGUGGUAAUUGCAGACUAGAGGUGAAAUGAAGGCAAAUGUCUCUUCUGGUAUCAGGCGGUGGCAUGUAGCAACCAUAGUCAAGCACUUUUCCCGCCCCUAACUACCUGAAUUUGACCUGGACGUC